UAACGUUUUAUCAGAGGUCAAGAUGGAGCGUUUGGUUUUCAAUCUUUUGAUAUUUUUAAGCAUUUUCCAGCUCACAUGUGGAGAGUUUUCGCCCAAGGGAGACGUUCAUUUUGGUAUAGCUUCAAACUUGGAGGUAGCAACGUUUGGUGCUAACUGAUUUUGGGGUCCGGAUGCCCGUUAUGGUGCUAUAAUGGGUGUCCAGAGAACUCGCGUAGGGUACACUGGAGGAAACACAUUGAAUCCUACUUAUAGAUCACUUGGUGAUCACACAGAAGCAAUCCAAAUCCAGUUCAACCCUUCGCAGGUUAGCUACAAACGCCUUCUAGAAAUCUUCUGGUCUUUACAUGACCCAACAGAGCCCCAAACAGCACAGUACAGGUCUGUUAUAUUUGUUCACAAUGAGAAACAGAGAAAAAUUGCCCAAAAGUUCAUAAAGGAAAAACAGAAGAAAAUGAAACGCAAGAUACUGACAAAAGUGGAAGACGCUUCACAGUUCUAUAAUGCUGAGGGUUACCAUCAAAAAUACCGAUUACGACAGUCUCCCCAACUCAUGCAGCAUUUCCAACACAUGUCUGAUGAAGAGCUGAUGGAUUCCUUUGUUGCUGCCAAACUCAAUGGUUAUAAAGGUCUUUACAACACUAAUGCUAAAGCUACCAGGAAAGCCUUGAAGGAAUACAAGAGCAGUCACCCUUAUGCAGUUGAACAUCUUGAUGCUCUGUUAGAAUUGAUUUAAGUAAAAUGACUCGCAGAGGCCUGCCAAGGAAAAAGGACCAAAUACCGGCUUUAGUGAUGGGGGCUUAUAAGAGGCUGGGAGCUUAUUUAGUUUUUGGCACCUCUGUGCAUGCGCUUAAAUGUACUGGGAGCUUCAUAGAAGGGGGGCUUAAUAGAGGUUAGGGGCUUCAUAGAGGAAAUAUGGUAAGUUCUGCAUAUUCAUGUGUAUUUUCAAGAUACUCAAAUCACAUAUUGUCUGAAAUCUGAAAGCUACAGAGGACAAAGUAAAUAAAGUUUCAAGUAUAAAAUACAAUAAAAAAAAAGUAUAAAUUAAAAUCAUAGGAAGAAGUUUCCAAAAAUACACAAACUAAUAAAAUAUUUUUAAUCUUUAAAAGAUAACUUAAUUACUUAUACCUUUUUUAGACCUUCUGAAGUUGUUUGAUGAUUAAUAUUUAGGCUAGCUUAAUGAUGAAUGUUAGUCAAAUACUUCAAAAGGGUAUGCUAACAUUCUGAUAAUAUUGCCCAAAAUAAAACAUCAGUAACUAAUUCUCAGAAGGUAUUUAAUUUCAAAUAAAAUUACUUUUCAAAUGAAAAA